GGAAUAUAAGACAUUUGUGUCUUCAUCUCAGUUUGUUAAUUUAUUUAAAUCAUUCUGGAAUGGACUCAAGGGUAUUACUGUUAUACUUUGGGUUAUAAUCCAGCACUGUUCUGUUAUGCUGCCCAAAUCAUUCUAGUUGAGGCAAUUGAGAACUCUUUAUUUGCCACCUUUAACAUCCCCACUAAUGUGAGUUUGGUGUUUUGUUUUUGAAAUGUGUCCCAGGAACCUGUCCUGUCUUCUUAUGGUGCCCAGCAUGAUCUCAAACUUGUAGACUCAAGUGACCCUCCUGCCUCAGCCUCCUGUGUAGGUGGGACUGCAGUCUCAAACCAUGAAUUAUGUAGGCCAGCUGGCUGGGCAGGUGCUUGUCACUGUGAAGGAACUCUACAAGGGCAUUAACCAAGCCACCCUGUCUGGGUGCAUUGAUGUUGUUGUGGUGCGGCAGCAGGAUGGCACCUAUCAGUGUUCACCUUUUCAUGUACGGUUCGGGAAGCUGGGAGUCCUGAGAUCCAAAGAGAAAGUGAUUGACAUAGAAAUCAAUGGCAAUGCAGUGGAUCUUCACAUGAAGUUGGGUGACAAUGGAGAAGCUUUCUUUGUGGAGGAGACUGCAGAAGAAUAUGAAAAGCUCCCUGCUUAUCUUGCCACCUCACCAAUUCCUACUGAAGACCAGUUCUUUAAAGAUAUUGACACCCCUUUGAUAAAAUCAGGUGGAGAUGAAAGACCAUCUCAGAGUUCGGACAUCUCACACAUCUUGGAAACAGAGACACUUUUCACUCCAAGUUCUGUGAAAAAGAAAAAACGAAGAAGAAAGAAAUGCAAACAGGACAGUAAGAAGGAAGAACAGGCUGCUUCUCCUGGUGCAGAUGACACGUGCGAUGUGGGUGUGAGCUCCGAUGAUGAGAAGGGAUCCCAGGCAGUGAGAGGAUCUGCAAAUGCUUCCUUAAAGGAGGAAGAAUGUAAGGAUCCUUCACUCUUCCAUUCUGGGGAUCACUACCCCUUAUCUGAUGGAGAUUGGUCCCCAUUAGAGAACACCUAUCCUCAAGCAUUGUGUCCUAAGAGUGAUUCAGAGCUGGAGGUGAAACCAGCUGAAAGCCUGCUAAGAUCCGAGUCUCACAUGGAGUGGACAUGGGGCGGGUUUCCAGAGUCCACUAAGGUUAGCAAAAGAGAACGAUACGACUAUCAUCCCAGGACAGCAACAAUUACUCCAUCAGAAAAUACUCAUUUUCGGGUAAUUCCCAGUGAGGACAGUCUCAUAAGAGAAGUUGAGAAAGAUGCUUCCAUCGAAGACACUGUCUGUACCAUAGUGAAACCCAAACCUAGAGCCCUGUGUAAGCAGAUGAGUGAUACAACUUCUGCUGCAGAACUUCUGGAACCUCCUCCUGAGAAUCCUCUGAUUCCAUCUAUGUUAGAUGCAGACCACCUUCCCACCCCAUCCCUAGUGGAGGCUCCCUCAGAACCCAGGCCAGCAGCUAAAGUAGACUCACCAUCAAAGAAGAAAGGUGUCCACAAGAGAAGCCAGCAUCAGGGACCUGAUGAUAUUUACCUUGAUGACUUAAAGGCCCUAGAACCUGAAGUUGCAGCUCUCUAUUUCCCUAAAAGUGAAACAGACCCAGGCUCUAGGCAGUGGCCAGAGUCUGACACACUCUCUGGUUCCCAGUCCCCACAAUCUGUGGGCAGUGCAGCUGCAGAUAGUGGUACUGAGUGCCUCUCAGACUCUGCCAUGGACUUGCCUGAUGUCACCCUUUCCCUUUGUGGGGGCCUCAGUGAGAAUGGAGAGAUUUCUAAAGAAAAAUUCAUGGAGCAUAUCAUUACUUAUCAUGAAUUUGCAGAAAACCCUGGACUUAUAGACAAUCCUAACCUUGUAAUACGGAUAUAUAACCGUUACUAUAACUGGGCUCUGGCUGCUCCCAUGAUCCUUAGCUUGCAAGUAUUCCAGAAGAGUUUGCCUAAAGCCACAGUUGAGUCCUGGGUCAAAGACAAGAUGCCAAAGAAAUCUGGUCGCUGGUGGUUUUGGCGUAAGAGAGAAAGCAUGACCAAGCAGCUACCAGAGGCCAAGGAGGGAAAAUCUGAGGUGCUGCCAACCAGUGACCUACAGUCAAGCUCUAAGGAGCCAGCUAGCACCAGACCUGCUGAGGAUGACACAUCCAGUGAUGAGGGAUCACAGGAACUGGAAGAAUCUAUCAAAGCAGACCCUGUCUCCACAGAGACCCUGAGCCAUGGCAGCACAACUUCGUAUAAGAAGUCUCUCCGACUCUCCUCGGACCAGAUCGCAAAACUGAAGCUCCAUGAUGGCCCAAAUGAUGUUGUAUUUAGUAUUACAACCCAGUAUCAAGGUACCUGCCGCUGUGCAGGGACCAUUUACCUGUGGAACUGGAAUGACAAGAUCAUCAUUUCUGAUAUCGAUGGAACAAUAACCAAGUCUGAUGCUUUGGGGCAGAUCCUUCCACAGCUGGGUAAAGACUGGACUCAUCAGGGUAUAGCAAAACUUUACCACUCCAUCAAUGAAAAUGGCUACAAGUUUCUGUACUGUUCUGCCCGUGCCAUCGGUAUGGCCGACAUGACCCGUGGCUACCUGCACUGGGUCAAUGACAAGGGCACAAUCUUGCCCCGGGGCCCUCUGAUGCUGUCCCCCAGCAGCUUGUUCUCCGCCUUCCACAGGGAAGUGAUAGAAAAGAAACCAGAGAAGUUCAAAAUUGAAUGUCUAAAUGACAUUAAGAAUCUGUUUGCCCCAUCCAAGCAGCCCUUCUAUGCUGCCUUUGGAAACCGUCCUAACGAUGUCUAUGCUUACACACAAGUUGGAGUUCCAGACUGUAGAAUAUUCACAGUGAACCCCAAGGGUGAAUUAAUACAAGAAAGGACCAAAGGAAACAAGUCAUCGUACCACAGGCUGAGUGAGCUUGUUGAACAUGUGUUCCCACUUCUCAAUAAGGAGCAGAAUUCUGCCUUUCCAUGCCCAGAGUUCAGCUCCUUUUGUUACUGGCGAGACCCAAUCCCUGAUGUGGACCUUGAUGACUUGGCCUGAAGCAGCACCUGUGACAAAGGUGGGGCCACAGUCACUUGCCUCCAGCAGGGGAGGUGACCAACCCUCUUCCAGAUGAGAACCCAGGGCUGGCAGCUGGGUGUCCACUUUCCAGAGCAGAAACAUGGACCCUAAAGCUGACAUUGCCACCUUCCACCUUCCUAGUCUGCUGCUCAAUGUCUGGAAGGAGGAGUAAUGGACUCCUGGGUUAGGGGCCUGUUCUUCACCACACGUGGGUCCUCACAUGUGCUUCCUACGGAGUUGUGUGCUGGGCAGUCCUUCAAUUUCAUAACUUUAAAAGGAAGAAAACAGAAGCUGAAAAAAAAAUGGACCAAAAUAUUACACAAAGUAAAGUGUUAUAAUUUCCACUGGGUGGUUGAAAUUGUUUCUCUGUGCAACCAGGGCUUUCUCCAGAGGUUCAGGGCCCACUGAAUUGCCACAGGUACAGUUAGUGAUGUUGGCUAAAACCACCUGUGCAUGUCUCUGCUUUGUGCUCCUCCUUUACUGCACACUGAAAUGGGACAGCUGCUUGGUGUGCCAAGUUGGGCAAGCCUCCAGGGCCCAUGCAUCAGAGCACUGAACUUGGCUGCACCAAUACGGGCUUCUUGGGAGGAAAUCCCAUUGGAUCAUCAUUUUCUCAUCUGUGACUGUUCCACAGUGAGAAACCUUUAAGGUUAUUUCUUGAAGCUAGCCAGAAGAACAGAUUAUAUUUGAUGCAGGUCUAUAUUUGAUAUCUAGAAUAAUGGUGGGAGAUUGGGGUUUAAAACAAAAAAGCAACUCUGUCAGAAAUGUAGAUACACAGCUGCAUUGAGUACUGGGAAUAGCCCUUUUCUCUGUCCCUUUGCCUGUUGCCUGGCUUACGUGGGUCUUUAGGUAUGUUUUGGGCAGAGUUCUGAAAUUCUGUGCUUCAGAUUUGUCAGGGAAGCACAGUGAAGCUGGCCUGUAAGCCAUUGGCCAGAAGUAUGGACUUUGGUAUUUGGAAUCACAACUCUGAUACAAAGUCUAUGGAAGCCAUGCAGAGGAGGAGUCAUGGAGCUCCUAUUGAGCAGCAGCACCUCAGCAGUGUCCCCAGCCCACCAGUCUGUCAACAGCUGGGACAAUCGCAUCAUCUGCAGUGCAGAGGCUGCCCUGUGGGCACAUGGGAGCACCCAUGCAUUUGCACUAAGAGAACUGUUAGACCUUCAGGGGACCUGAAAUGGCUCCAGGUUAUAGUCCUCCACUGGGGAGAAAGCAGGAAGUGUUCCUGAGCAGAGAGGUUGCUGCACAUACAAACCUGACAUGCUCAGGAUGGUUUCAUUUCCAAGUCUACAUGCCCCUGCAGUUGUACGGGUGACCUUUUCUUGCUUUACUUUACUUCACCUAAUUGAUACAGAGUUGGAGAUGUAGGGGGUUGUUAUUUUUCCAGGUUGAAGAAUUGAAUGUCCCGGCCUGAUUUCAGCCAUUUUCCUAGUGCAGAUUGAUGCAGAGACAAUGUUGAAACCCUUUGAACCCAAUUCACAGUGGUGCAAACAUUCACCCAUAAAUAGUUCACAAGAAGUUUAUGUUAGUAGGUAGGGGAACUAAGGUUAUGAUUGUCUGAAGUUCUGCCCAGUUAAAGAAUUGAGAUUCUAAUAGAGCUGUCACACAGCUGUCUUACUCCAUAGAUGUCAUCAGCACGUCUUCUCGCCCACCUUUGAUUUAGGGGAAUAAAGAGACUUUGUAUGCGUAACCUGAGCUUAUUAUUAGGACCUCUUCACUUACGUGCGGUACAGAAAAUCUUAACAUACAUCCUCUUUAGUCCUUUUUAGGUUGUCUUUAAAGGAGUUUUUAAUUAAGUGAUUUGUUUCUUUUUUUUUUAUGAGUUCUUUCUUUGGACACACAGGCCUUCUCAGAAGGUCCAGCUUAUAAUCUGGGUCUCCCAGCCCAUGUUGAAGGUCGCUGGUCUUUCUGUCCCAGUGUCCAUUAGCCCUAGACUUUGUCGCUGCAGAUUGAUCCAGUGGGUACUUAGGCUAAUGAAUGUCUUUCCUUGUUUAAAGGAGUCCUUGCUAGAAAGUAGAUCAUUACUAUUGCUGUAGUGUUACGGAAGUAUUAAGUUUGUGCUGAAAAUCCAUUGCCAUUUGGUACAAAUGACAUUUGUUCUUUCUGUGAAAGAGAGAUGCCCUUGAGUGUGUUUACACACAAACCUUUAGGAUGGCAGGUUGAAGCAUCAGCCUCUCACUGUCUUCAGUGAUGGGUGAUGUUGCAGGGACAUUGCAGGCAGAUGGGCUCUUCUAAGUCAUUCUGUCAGUUGCUCCAUUAGUGGAAAAGCCCGUUUCCCUCCUUCCAGUUCAAUCUAACUUUAGCAUUUGCUUUGCUGUCAUGUGUUGAAGCUUGUACUGCUGUGGAAGUUGGCUUUUGCUCUUUGUCAGGCUGUAUGAGAUACAUGUGAGGACCUAAAGCCUGCAACCUUAGCCCCAUGCUUCACUGUGUAAAGACAUCUGCAUAGUUCUCAAUUGGAAAAGGAAAAAAUCCUAAUGUGAUGUCCUAAAACAAAAGCUGCUAAAAAGAAAAAUAUCAUGGGGAGAACAAGCAAGGAACAGAGCUAAGUGGCUGGAAAGUGCUUCUGCCCUGAGCAUCCCACUUGCCUGUUGGUCUGCAUGACAUUCUAUAGCUGCCCUGGAAGGUGCAGCAAGACCUUUGAGAGAAGAAACGGUUAAGAAUGUAAGCACUUUUUUUUUUCUUUUUGCAAAUUGAUGGAACCGAUUUUUCCAGGGAGUUUUACCUCUUCAAGUAUCCUCAUAUUUACUCUGGGGGGCCUUGUUUCCCCAUGUCUUAGAGCAUGCUGGGUUUUCUUUAAAACUGGUUAAAGUAAGCAUUUUUUCCAGGUGAAAACUUUUUUGUUUUGAUUUGAAGGUAAGAAAGGGAGGGGGCACUUUGCUCUUUUAAUUUAAUAAUUAUGUUCAGCUGAUGACAAAGUAUUUGAUUAUUAGAAUGCAAUGUCACUAAUAAGUUUUAAGUUGUCAGAAAUUAAUUGUAAACAUCAGUACAAUACUUAGUCAUGGUAAAGACGUCUUCAAAUGAAUGGCUUAUUUUGGUGCAGUGUUUGAUGUCCAAAACAAAAUGUUACAAUAAUAAACAAACAUAAACUGAGUGUGUUAGACUUUUUCUUCCAAGGAACAUUUGAACCAUCUUCUAUGUACUCUUGCCAGAAAUUGAAUAUUUCCAUAAAUUAGCAUUUUGAUCUUUGCUGACACAAAUUUGUCUACGAAGAGGGACCUGUUACUGGUGUUUUACUAAUUUUAAAACCUAAUUUCAAAAGUAAAGCUACACCCACAGAAACUAACCUCUCUUGCUUUGUAGGUUCUGCCAGGAAAUGAUUCACUUAUACAAAUGUAAUUUCUCUUAAUCUGGCUGGUGGUCACAUCAGCCCCUCAGAGUCACCUGGGAGUCCUU